AUGGCCCCCUUUGAACUCACCCAAUGCAGCGUCGCCGAUGGGACCGCCCUGGCCGCCAACAGCAUCCCCGCUUUCUGGGCUGACCCGCACUGGGUUCUGGCCUGGCGCCAUCGGACCCUCGAGUACCACAUUUCGCAGAUAGCCCUGCGCUUCCCGCGCAACCUUCUCAACAACCGAGAAGCCCUGCGACACCAGAAAGCAGUGGAUCCAGAAACGGGCCACAUACUUGGCUACGCGAGAUGGUGCCUACCGCCGUCUCAUACGACAAAUCCAGAUGAUGGCACGCUGAUAUGGCCCGAAGCGCAGACCCCGAGCGUCGAGCCCGAGAAGGAAGCCGAGAUCCGGCGCCUCGCUGAGACUGUUGUCUGGGAUUCGAAUGAUGACGCCGACGAGCUGAUGGAUCGCGUGAACGCGCUUGAAAAGGAAGUGACGCCAAAGACGCCGUAUAUCACUCUGGAGUAUCUUGCUGUGCAUCCGGAUAACCAACGCAAGGGAGUCGGGACGGCGUUGGUGAAGAGCGGAAUGGACCUGGCGGAUAGGCUGGGGUUGGAUAUCUUCGUCCAGGCUUUGAGAGAGGGUGCUGAAUUGUACAAACGGAUGGGGUUUCGGCUUAUAGCGGAGAUCGUUCAGGAUGAUUCUGCUUUUGGUGGUAGUGGGGAGUAUGGCACGUAUUUCUUUAUCUAUGAGCCUAAGUCGAGGACUGACUCGGCGUGA